CGAGUCAACGAGUAUUGUAGAAAAUAGCCGGGUAAACACAUCGACAUAGGUAACCCUGGAUGAUAUUGUGACUUAAAACUCGAGUAUUUAUUCCCAUCAGUAUCAGUUUGAUCAGAUGAACCAAGGAAAACCGGUCACUAAAAUAUGGGCCUUGAGAUACUGAUAUUCUUUGCUGCGUAUUUGCAAUCCUCGACGGGCUUCCGAGGACCUCAUCAUCCCAAAAGUUCUGUUUCACAUCAUCAUUAUACUCCGCAGGGUGAUAUUAAAUUGACUCAGGACUCGGAACUUCUUCAUGACACUGCGCAUUUAGUUGAAGACAUGGGUACUGAUUAUGCUGGAUUGUCUUUGGACACGAUGAGCGAAGAUGAAAUAGAAUUUUAUUUCUUCAAGAUGCACGACAAAGACAACAAUACAAAACUGGACGGCCUGGAGAUACUCCACGCUCUGCAACACACAUAUCACACAGAAGACGACUAUAACGAAGUAGACGACUAUAACCUAGCGGACCAGAUCCCCAUGAUCAUUAAAAUGGUAGACAGAGUCUUAGAAGAAGACGAUCUAGACAACGACGGAUACAUCGAGUACGUUGAGUACGUUCUAGCGAAAGAGAAAAAAAAUAGCAGCGAGAAGAGCACCACUCUGGAAUCCUUGAACUUGCAAUAAGGAAUAGGUUUAUACAAUUAAUUUUUGACAAAUUAUAAAUAAACGAGAAUAUUUUUAAA